UCUGUGGAUAUUUCCUCGGCAUUUCUACGCGCUGGUAGGAGAAUUAACUUUUAUAAAGCGGGGCUAAUUCGUAGCGCUUUAGUUCAUUUUAAACAGCUGAAGCUAUUCGAGCUGUGUAUAUUAAAUAUGUUGGCGCGUUUUCUUAUACUCGGCUGCCUAUUGGCCACAAUUUCUGCUACUGUAAAACUGCGUGAACUGUACUCCUGGAAUGUUUUGGACUGGAAUUACCCUGAUCCGUACUCGAAGCAGAGGGACCUUGAAAGUGGGGCCCUGAAUCCUAAAAAUGCCCUUCCAGUUGGUAUCGAGAGAUGGAGGAACAAGCUUUUCGUCAGUGUACCUAGAUGGUUUCCAGGAAUACCAGCCACAUUGAAUUACAUAUCUCUGGACGCACCAUACGAACCAUCACCAAAGUUGACACCAUACCCAAGUUUUAAGGAAAAUGAGCUUGGAAACUGUGAAACUGGUCUGACCACUGUGUACAGAAUUAAGGCAGAUAAAUGCGAUCGUUUAUGGGUUUUAGAUGUCGGUACCUACGGCUAUGAUCCGAAUGUUACCAAUGUCUGCCCGUAUGCGCUUAGCGUUUACGACUUACACACAAACCAAAGACUUAGAAGAUACGUCUUCCGGCCUGAAGAUAUCGUACCAACGACCUUCAUCGCCAACAUAGCUUUAGACGAAGGUGACACCUGUGACGACUACUUCGCCUACUUUUCCGACGAACUGGGCCGGUCUGAUCACUUACUCUUGGGAACAAAACAAGUCGUGGCGAUUCAGUCACGGAUUUUUCCUGCCCGACCCCUUGGUUGGUGACUUCAAUAUCGCCGGCAUGAACUUCCAAUGGAUCUCCGAAGGAAUUUUCGGAAUUUCCGCCUCACCAAAAGGACCCGAUGGAUUCAGAACUCUCUACUUCAGCCCGAUAACGA